AUGAGCGCAGCGGUUUCGGCCUCCGAGGCUAGCGACGGCGCUGCAUCCACGGCGAGACGCAAAUCCGGACGCGUAUCGAAGAAACCAACGAGAUUCGCGCCAGCAUCGAGCCCGACCGGCAGCGCGAAGCGAAAGCGUGGCGAAAAUGACGACAGCGGAGUCGACGCGGAUGAGCCCUCAUCAGAGCGGGAAGAGGAGGAGAGCAGCGAGAGCGAAGGUGAGGGCGAGCCAGACCCCGAGGAACUGAGGGACCGUCAACGUAAGAAGAAGAGCAAUACUCCUGCUAGGAAGCCAGCAACGAAGAAGCCGAAAACGAACGGCCAAGGCCUCAGUCUUGCCAUUCGACCCGCGGCGAAUGCAACAAGGAGAGGCGCCAAGAGAUCGCGCAAAGCACCCAUUCGCAAGAGUGCGCUCCCAGAAGAGACUGAAGGGUUAUACGCCGACGUGUUUGCCAGUGGAGACCGACUUGAUGCUGUCACCGCUCGCUGGGUCGCGCGAUUUUACGAGCACGAAGGGCGAUCAGUCGCCGAAAUCAUCAACCUGGUCCUGACAGCUACCGGCUGCGACGUGCGGAUAAACGAAGAUGACAUAGCAGACCCAGAUAACGCGCCAAAUCGCGUAGCAGAGAUUCAAGAAGAAUACCAGACACAUGAAGUUACAGAGUAUCCUCUGAUCGCCAAGGCUAAAGACGGUGGUGGCCAGGCAUUCAGAAAUGCGCUACACGGCUUUUUCUCAACACUCGUUCAAACAGUAGCACAAUCAGGCCUCUUGUACGAUAGUCCGGAGCUUAUCGAGAACAUCUCAGUAUGGCUCGGCGCCAUGUCCUCCACCGGCAACCGCCCUUUUAGACACACAAGCACAGUUGCCUCACUAGCUAUCACGACAGCGUUAGCUCAAGUCGCAGCUGGCAUUGUGGAAAACACAGCCAAGCGAAUGCGCCAAAGCGAGGCCGAGUCUAAGAAGUCCCGCGUUAAUAAAGCCCGCGUAUCUGCCGCGGAUCAAGAAGUCGACGAGUACAACCGGAAGCUACAGAUUGUAGAAAGUUCCCUGGACGACUGGUUUAACGUCGUCUACGUUCAUCGUUAUCGAGAUGUGGAUCCUAGGAUCAGGGUAGACUGCGUCAUAGCCCUGGCAGACUGGAUCAUCGCCUAUCCAGAUAAAUUCUUCGACGGCACGAAGUUACGAUAUCUCGGUUGGGUUCUAUCGGAUCCCAACCCGCCAACUCGAGUUGAAGUCCUACAUCAGCUUGCUCGACUGUUCCGAGAUGAGAACAAGUUGGCAGGUUUGAAGACCUUUACCGAGCGUUUCCGACCUCGCAUCGUCGAAAUAGCUACCUACGAUGCUGAGAACAACGUGCGCGCCGCUGCAGUUGAUCUCCUCAAUAUACUUCGAGAAGCUGGCUUCCUAGAACCCGACGAUAUCGACUCUGUUGGUAAACUCAUUUUCGACUCUGAUGCAAAAGUCCGCAAGUCUGUGGUGGGCUUCUUUGCCGAGAACGUGAACGCUGCAUAUGAGGCACUCGUGGAUGACAUGGGUGGGGAAGAAGCCCUCAACGAAGCGUUAGCACCCUCGGAUGAAGACGAUGAAGGAUACCAUAAUCCGCGGUUAGAGUGGUUAAAGCUAAAAUGUCUUGUUGAUCAGCUGCUCUCAUACGACGAAGAUGAAGCAGAAUUGCCAUCACAUAUCGAGCGCAUCUCUUCGACUGGUGCAGAACUCGGCUUGAUCGCGGCCGGCGUUGAAUCACGGUUCUCUCUGGCGGCACAAGCGCUUUCUGAUGCUAUACCAGAAAUCAGAGCGUGGGAGGUAUUGGCUGGUUAUCUCCUGUACGACCACUCCCAAACUAUACAAAACAGUGGAGGGGACGAUGCCGAGGCUAUGCUUCGUCAGAACUGUCAGCUCGAGGAGAAGCAUGAAACGGCCCUCCUCGGUGUACUCAAUGCUGUAGUCCGCCUUCGCCUACAGCGUCUGGCAGAGGUACAGAAAGACAAGAAGAAGACUAGAACGCAACGUGAGAGUGACAAGGAAGACCAAGCGGACAUGGCUAGGCGGCUCUCGCUUCUCAUUCCUCAGCUACUAAAGAAAUUCGGUGCCUUGCCUGAAGCUGCGGCAUUGUGUUUGCGCCUAGAGCGCGAGCUCAACUUGGACGUCUUCCAGGAGCUGCGGCAGAAUGCGGCGCUUACUGCGUUGCUUGACGACAUCAACAAGCAGUUCCUAACCCACCACAACGAGCGUGUCUUGAUAGAGGCCAUAGAGUCCAUUAUGCAUGCCCAAGGUAACGACGAGCUGAAAGAGACAGUCAGCCUAAAGGUCCAAUCACUUUGGGACGACUUGCUCAACACAUUUGACGCGCUUCGACGAGGCAAAGAUUUUGCGACUCGCGGCAGCCUUGACCAGAACAUACUUGUCGGUGUCUCCAACGUCGUCCUGAAAAUGGCGCAAUUGGCCAAGGCCUCGGACGCUGCCGUGCUCGACCAUAUCAACACGCCCGCCAAAUCGAAGAGCAAAGGGAAGAAGGUCGCACUCGACACGCCGCCAAUCUCAUCCGUGUUGCAGAUUCUUGACCGAGGCGUGCUAGUUGACGACCUCGAUGCAGAGACCGAGGAGGCAGAAGAUGCACUCGUCCGCCACGCCAUGUCUGUCAUGCUCAUGUACAUGCUAUGGAAAUGCAGAGAAUGCGCUACCCACGUUGAAAAAGGUACCAGUAUGCCUGAUGACGAACUCACAGUCCUUGUUGAGCGAAGAGACGCUUGCGUAACUGCUCUAAUGAGGAUCAUGGCGAGCCGGAAAGGUGCCGAUGAAGUCCGUCUUGAGGCCGCAGAUUUGCUACUGGAUAUAUACACCAUGUUCCGUACAUUGAAAGCAAAUAAAGGCAAAGCGGCAAAGACGCCGAGAAAAACCCAAGGACACGGCUCUAACAAUGUCAACGACGAUUGGGAAGCACUCUGCCGCGAUAUUGACGGUGACACGACGAAGCUCAUCUUUCAAAUCCUCACCGCGUGCGAGAACAACUUGGCUAAGCUUGCCAAUAAGCGCCUCGAGGAACCAGAGGUAGACGACGACCCCGUCGAUCCUGAUGACGAGCCUGAAAGCGAUGACGAAGACGUAAAUGACGAGCGCGCAAUAUCUGAUAAACAGCUCCGCAUACUCCUUGCGGAGCAGAGCCUAUGUGCUUUUGGUGGCCGGAUUGUUCAGGCUGUACACGUUGGCGUGCUGGACAGUGAUGGCUCCGAUGCUGUGAGGAAGAGGCUAGAGCGUAACAAGGUGAAGCUCACCACCACGUGGAAAGAAAUCGUCAAUCAUCUCGAUGCCGUUAAGCAGAGGAAGGGAGCAAAGAAGGCGGUGCAUGCAGCCAAGCCACCAACCAGGGAGGCGAAGAGCAAGGAGACGGUGAUUGAGAUUGACAGCGACGAGGAAGAUGAGGUCGAGGUGCAGGGUGAUGAGAUUGAGGACGAAGAGAUGAGGGACGACGACGCUGAGCAGACCAACGGCGUGGACGAUGCUAGGGAGAAUGGCGAUGGAGAAUUGGAAGGAGAGCGAGAUGCUGAUGAAGAGAGCAUCCUAGGAGAUUGA